GUUCGAAGGCGGUGGAAGUCAGUUUCUUCGUAGCCGUAGCGGAGAUGAGGGGGAUUUUCGUGGGUUUCGUCGUGUUGGUGGCGCUCGUAGGGGUCCGGGGAGGGAACUUGGUCCUCAAGGGCAAGGGCAAGGACAAGCAGGGCGAGGACCAAGAAUGGUGGCAGAGUUCUGUCCUUUACCAGAUCUACCCGCGGUCCUUCAUGGACUCGGACGGCGACGGAGUGGGAGACAUCAAAGGGAUCACAUCCAAGCUGGACUACCUGGUGGAACUCGGGAUCCGGUCGGUCUGGCUGUCGCCGGUCUACGAGAGCCCGAUGAAGGACUUCGGCUACGACAUCUCCAACUUCACCAACAUCGACCCGAUCUUCGGGACGCUGGAGGAUUUCUUCGAGAUGCAGGAGGCCAUGAAGGACAGGGGGAUCAAGCUGGUGAUGGACUUGGUGCCGAAUCACAGCAGCGACCAGCACGAAUGGUUCAAUAGGAGUCUGGCCGGGGAGGCGCCCUACGACGACUAUUACGUCUGGGUCGACCCCAAGUUCGACGAUGAGGGAGAACGCCAACCGCCCAGCAACUGGCUGAGUGUGUUCGGGGGAUCCGCAUGGACCUACAGAGAAGAACGAGAACAGUACUUCCUCCACCAGUUCCUCCCGGAGCAACCGGACGUGAAUGGUUACAACGAGAACCUCAUCCAGGCCCUUUCCGACGUGUUCCAAUUCUGGCUGGACAUGGGCGUGGACGGAUUCCGCGUGGACGCCAUCAAGCACUUCGCCGAGAUCGAGGACUAUUACCAGGACGAAGCGGAAUCCGGCAUCCCUGACCUCCCGGAAGGGAACUACGAAAACCUCUACCACAACCUCACCACCAACCAGCAACAGACGUUCGACGUCCUCCGACGGUGGCGGUUGCUGCUCGACGCCGCGACCGAGGCGAGCGGGAGUCCGAAGUACGUCGAAAUUAAUUAUUUUAAAUAA